AUUGCUUAGGCCAUUCCUGGUCUGAGACUCCAGGAGAAAGAGGCUCCUCUGUCUCCAGAUCUGGAGCAGAUAGGGACCUGAGCAGCCCUGGUGUGGCCUUGGGCUGGAGUCGGGCAGAGCCCUGCUGUCUGGGAGACAGCUCUGGGAGGAACCACAGCAAAGGUGAAAGGCUUCCCAGCAAGCCUGCAGAAGAGUCUCCUGUCCGCAAGGGCUCCCCGACAGUAUCCCCACCAGCUGCAACCCUGCCACAAGUCCCGUCCCCAAGGGCAGGCUGGGUCCCAGGAGCUGAAUUUUCGGGUCCCCAGAAGAAACUGUGUGCUGGGGCUGCUGCUGACCCAGGUGUGGCUGUGCCCUCUCAGUCACACUCAGUGAGUGGCAUUUGCCAGGCACCAUCCCACAGCCCUGCAGAGGGGAGCAGGUAACAGAUGUGCAGUUUGGGCAAGCCCAGGUUCAAGCCCCAACCCCUCUCCCAGCUCCUGGGUCUCUGUAAAUGGAAGAUGGGUCUCCCCGCUUCAGAGGGUAAGGAGUCCCUGGUUCACACAACAGACAUUAGCCCUUGCCAGAGGCCGGGCUGGCAGCUGAGCUGUUCACAUCUGUGCAUUCUUCAGCCCCUGCAGCAACCCUGAAAGGCAGGCAUCCCUCAAGCUCCAUUCUGCAGACGAGGACACUGAGGCUCCCAGGGCCAAGGGCACACAGAGGUCCUAGAGCUAGGAUGGGCCGAGCCCCCCACCUGGCUCACUUGGCAGGUGUUCAGAAGCUGGGGGUAGUGUGCUGCUCAUCUUCAGCCUGCAGCUGAGGACGAUGUUGGAUUGCUCAUCGCAGCCCUGGCCGAAGAGGCACACGCAGAGCCAUGUCCUGCGCGGGGGAGGACCCUGAGUGGCAGUCCAGGCAGGCAUGGGGACCCCGAGGAGCAGGCAGAAGGCAGCAAAGCCUGUGCUCCUCCCAACAAUUGUGGGGGAGCCUCCGUGGGCCCCACGGAGAGCCCAGGCACAAGGAUUGCUGUGCGCUGGGGUGACCUAGUGCUGUAGGUCAGGUGUUCAAAAUGUAGAGGACGCAAAUGCAGCUGCCAGCCAGUCCUCCUGGGCCGGGCAGACAGACAGCUGUUGGGAGGCGGGAGCUGCCUGACAUUCCAGGCAUUUCAGGGCCUCUAUAAAGCAGGGGCGCUCCUGCGGCUGUGGGGGCUAGGGAAGGGGAGUGCGGGGCAGCCCCACUCACCAGCGUGGCACAGGACCAGCCCGUUGGAGCCCACUGGGGCCUGCCAUCUGCUGGGCAGAGGAGGGCUGCUGCUGCUCCCUGGGCCUCAGUCUCCUCCUCUGUAAAAUGGGGAGAACAGAGGCCUCCACCCCACCUCCCGGCUGCUGGAAGGGCCCAACGAGAAAGCUCCACCAUGCCUGCAACGGACCUGGCUUGUCUGUGCUGUGCUUCAUGCGACACGACAUCCUGGAAUACUUCAGCGUCUACGGAACAGCCCUGAGCAUGUGGGUCUCGCUGAUGGCACUGGCCGACUUCGAUGAGCCCAAGAGGUCAACAUUUGUGAUGUUCGGCGUCCUGACCAUUGCUGUGAGGAUCUACCACGACCGCUGGGGCUACGGGGUGUACUCAGGCCCCAUCGGCACAGCCAUCCUCAUCAUUGCGGCAAAGUGGCUGCAGAAGAUGAAGGAGAAGAAGGGCCUGUACCCAGACAAGAGCGUCUACACCCAGCAGAUAGGCCCCGGCCUCUGCUUCGGGGCGCUGGCCCUGAUGCUACGCUUCUUCUUCGAGGACUGGGACUACACCUAUGUCCACAGCUUCUACCACUGUGCCCUGGCCAUGUCCUUUGUUCUGCUGCUGCCCAAGGUCAACAAGAAGGCUGGAGCCCCGGGGGCCCCGGCCAAGCUGGACUGCUCCACCCUGUGCUGUGCUUGUGUCUGAUGCUGCGCCCAGCCCGGCUCUGAGCCCCUGCCCUCCCCAGCUCACGCUUGGCCAGAGUCCCAGACAGUUUCUCCUCCUGCAGCUCCUGCUGUCCUUCCCUGCCCCAGAGCAUGCAGGAGAAACAUCUCUUGCAUACCCUAAGAGGCCCCCGGAGGUCUGUGAAGGGCCCAUCACACUGCACUAAAUGCUUCUUAAGAACCCGCUUAUUCCGUUGUGACGGGGUGCACAGCAGCAGGACCAAGCUGGAAAGAUAAGAAUGUUCUCCUCCCAGGCCUUGUCACGACCCAUUGGCGUGUCUGGUGGAGCCCUAGGUCUGGCGUCUGCCCACCCCACUGCUGGCCAGCGGCCCAGGAGUCCCAGCCGUGUGCCAGCCAUGACGGGGGGGCUCCCAUGUCUUCAGUUUUCUCCUGGGAACUGCUAUCACCAUCUCUGUCCUGUGUCCUCAGGCUCCGAGCAACCCCAUUUAGGAAGCUGGGGCCAGCGGGGCCAGCUGGAUCCCUGGCCCAGGCCAGUCUGGCCCCACCCCUUCCGCUGGGUCCCUGAAUCAAGCCGUUUUCAUAAUUAUAACCAAUAAGAAGUGCCUCAAUGUAUCAACCUCA